AUGAAGGAGGCAGCGACGACCUUGGCUAACUGCUGUGAAGUGCAAGACAUCCGAAGAGGCAGCGCAUGGGUCAGCGUCACUGACACACCAGGGCUGUAUACUCUAGUGGUGCCAACAUUAGGCAGAGAAUGUCGUGAGUGGCCAGAGGGAGCACCCAAUGCCGAGGUAGAGACGCUGACAGAGGAGAACAGUAAACAGGGCGACGUAGUCAUCUUCACAGAUGGAUCAGUACAGCGUUGUGUCAAAUCUGGAGGGGCUUUCAGCGGCCGUGUAAAUGGGGUCAUACAGAGAGAGCAGUCUGGCGCCACUGGUAUAACCACGUCCAGCAUGUGCAUGGAUAUGAAAGCCAUCACAGAAGCCCUUAACUGGUUUAAGACGGUGGAAUAUCAGUCUGCCAUCCUCGUCACCGACUCGAUGAGUACCCUCGAAAAAGUGAAGAAACACAUGAUGUAUGCAGACUGGCAAGAGGCAAUACAAAGCAGCAGACUCACAAGGAUUGUAUGGAUCUUUAGCCCUGGUCAUGCAGGAGUUCAAGGCAAUAAACGUGCUGAUAAGCUAGCGGGCCAGGUUGAGAGAUUGGAGGCACCUUGCAAUUAG